GUUUUUGUUUUAUGUGGGCUGGCCAUUAAUAAUAAUUGGGCCGAUAAUUCGUGUUUUAUGAUUAAUCGUCCGAUCUGAAGCUCUAAUUAAUUAAUUAACGGAUGAAGAACCGGUUUCUUAAAGCAUCUUGAAGAGCGAUCCAAUGGCUACCGUUGGAUUCAUCAGAUCUCUGUAGCUUCUUUAGAAGAAACAAACAGAGGGAGUCUUCUUCUUCCUCCAACGUAAAAACCAGAAUUUCAAUAUCUUCAUUCCCUGAUUAUAUCACAUCUGGAUCAGGCAUUUCGUCAAACACCUUGUGAGCAUCUUUUAGCGAGCCGUUUCUUUUGUAGAAUCUCAGCAAGGAAUUUGGAAUCAAAGUGUACAUGUGGCAAACAGACCUGUGUGUUUAUGACCGUAGCUGGACAUGAAGCUUUCGUCACAAAGAAACGUAGCCAUUGUCGCCGGAAACGCUCUUGGUUUGUCUCCUUCAUUGAGUAGUUACGAGAUAUCGGAAAUUUUGUAAGUUUCUUAGACACAGAUCUUUGCAUUUAAAACAGAUCGGCGCCAACCAUCCUCGAUGCGUAUAGAAAUGUCAUUAAGAAGAGAUAAUAUGAAUCACAUUGUAUGAUACUUUUGUUGAGAAUGACGUUGAAGGUUGAGAUGGAAAAGCUUCGAAUAGACGUUUAAGUUAUUAGGAAAGUAGCAAAUUUGGGACGAAUCCUUUCUAGGUUUUGGAUCGGAAUCUAUGGCAUCGUGCUCCACUUGAUCGCUGCGUUCUAUAGAGCUUCUUCCGAUCCUCUCUCACGGCGAUUUUUGUUGGGGAUUAGAUUCGGGUUAAUAUAAUUCCGAUUUUCAUCUCUUUUUCGAUUGAUGGCUUCGGCUUCUCAAUUCCUGCUGGAGGAUCAGACGGAUGAGGAUUUCUUCGACAAGCUUGUUGAUGAUGCUUAUUCUCCCACCGAAGCUCAGGCUUCAUCCUCUGUGACGGAGCUGAAGUUCGACGAUGAAAGUGACUCCGAUGAUAUCAGAGCUUUUUCGAAUCUCUCUAUUGGUAAAGAUCCUUUGGGCGGAGGAGAUGGCACACUGAAUGAAGCAAUUUUGGGGAACGAUGUUGCAAACGAGGGUGCAAGCGGUUCGGUGGGGGAAGACGAGCCUUCAUCUAUUGCUCCGGAAGCUGUUCAAUUUCCCCAUAGUGAUGCAAGGGAAUUAAGAGAUGAUGAAAUGAGAUCGGAGGUAGCUGAUAUGCCACUAUCUGAAACAGCAAAAGAAUGCACGAUAGUUAACGAGCCCGGGAUUCCUGGGGUUAAGGAGCUAGAUUGGGGUUCAUUUGAUGCGGAUUUAUCUGUAAAUGACGGUCGUGGGUUUGGUUCAUACUCUGAUUUCUUCACUGAGCUGGAUGCAACUGCAGGAAAUUUACAGGGAAAGGCGGAUGUAGCUGUGGCCACUGGAGGAAACUUAGUAGCCAAUGAUACAAAUAACACAAGUGUUGGGUUUGAGCAACACCAGGGUCAAUUGCACCACGAUUCUGCAAGCGGGCAGUACGUGGAUAACAGUCAAUCUUGGGAAAAUCUCUAUCCUGGAUGGAAAUAUGAUGCAAGUACUGGUCAGUGGUUUCAAGUUGAUGGUCAUGAUGCAAGCAUGAAUUCACAGGAGAGCUAUGAAAACUCAACUAGUAACUGGGAAAACGUUGCUGCGAACAACUCGGAUGUUGCUUAUCAGAGACAGAGUACAGCAUCUGCAGUGGCUGGCACAGUUGAGAAUGUUUCUACUUGGAACCAGGUUUCACAAGUGAGCAAUGGGUAUCCAGAACACAUGGUCUUUGACUCCCAGUAUCCGGGAUGGUACUAUGACACAAUUGCUCAAGAAUGGCGCUCUCUUGACAGCUACAACCAGGCUUUUCAAACAACUGGUCAAGCUAAUGAUCAGCAAGUUCAGAAUGGCAAUUCUUUUACAGCUGUGGACCAUAGUAGAGAGAGUAACGUACAUGAUGUUUACGAUAAAAAUCAGAUACUCAGAACACAAAAAUUUGAUAUCCAGAGCCAACAUGGAAGUUGGGAUCAAUCGUACUAUGACAAAAAUCAGCAGGCUACAAACAUGUGGCAACCAGAAAAUGCAGGUGCGGCUGAGGCGGCUGUGACUCCUGCCUCAUUAUCAAACUCCGGAGGAAACCAGCAAGUAAAUAAUUUGUACAGUACAGGACCUGUGGCUGAACAGUUUAAGCCAUAUGAGAGUGGCGUUCAGAGCUUCAUUCCUCAGCAUAUGAAUGUGGCUAAUGUCACGCAGAAUGGACCCAUGAGUUUCUCGAACGGUUUUUAUAGUAGACAGGAAUCUGUAGAUGAUGCUCCACAGUCAUUUCAGAGCAGUCAGCUUUUCUCCCCAAGUGCAGGAAGAUCAUCUGAUGGGCGUCCACCACAUGCACUUGUCAAUUUUGGAUUUGGCGGAAAGCUCAUUCUUAUGAAGGACGAUAGUGGUUCUCUCCAGAAUUCAUCAUUUGGAAGUCAGAAGGGAACUGGGGGAAGCUCCAUCUCUGUCUUAAACUUGGCAGAAGUUAUUUCUGGGAGUGCCUCUUAUUCAAGUCUCGGAGAAAACUCUUUGAGUUACUUCAGUUGUCUGGAUCAACAAUCUCUUCCAGGACCCUUGGUUGGAGGAAAUGUUGGAAGUAAAGACUUACAUAAGUGGCUUGAUGAGAGAAUUUUGAAUUGUGAAUCUUCCUACAUGGACUUUUCAAGAGGGAAACUUUUAAAGAUGCUUCUUUCUUUGCUCAGAAUAUCUUGUCAGUAUUAUGGGAAACUCCGUUCUCCUUUUGGUUCCGAUGCAUUGCAAAAGGAAACGGACUCUGCUGAAGCAGCAGUCGCUAAGCUUUUUGCAAUUGCCAAGGAAGAUGGCGUACAAAAUGGUUAUGCUCCUAUUAGCCAAUGCUUACAGCAUUUACCACCGGAAUCACAAAUGCAAGUAACUGCUUCAGAGGUGCAGAAUCUUCUGGCUUCUGGCAGGAAGAUGGAGGCUCUCCAAUGUGCACAAGAAGGUCAUUUAUGGGGACCAGCGCUUGUUAUCGCAGCACAACUUGGGCAACAGUUCUAUGUUGACACUGUGAAACAAAUGGCCCUUCGCCAGCUGGUACCCGGGUCACCUUUACGAACACUGUGCCUGCUGGUUGCAGGGCAACCAGCUGAAGUGUUCUCCACUGGAAGUACAAGCGAUAUCUCUUUUCCUGGUUCCGUAAAUUUACCUCCACAGCAACCUCAGUUUGGAUGUAGUAGCAUGCUUGACAGUUGGGAAGAGAAUUUGGGUAUAAUUACUGCGAACAGAACCACAGAUGAUGAGCUUGUGAUUACUCAUCUUGGAGAUUGCAUGUGGAAAGAAAGGGGCGAGAUUAUUGCGGCCCAUAUUUGCUAUUUAAUUGCGGAUAAGAACUUUGAUACAUACUCAGAUACUGCCAGACUGUGCCUUGUUGGAGCGGAUCACUGGAAAUAUCCUCGAACAUAUGCAAGUCCAGAGGCUAUACAGAGAACAGAGUUAUAUGAAUACUCUAAGACGCUGGGAAACUCUCAGUAUACCCUGUUAACGUUUCAACCAUAUAAAGUCAUGUAUGCCCAUAUGCUGGCUGAAGUUGGUAAACUUUCGACUGCACAAAAGUACUGUCAAGCAGUAUUAAAAUGCCUCAAGACAGGCCGAUCACCAGAAGUGGAAAUGUGGAAACAGUUUGUUUCAUCUCUUGAAGAGAGAAUCCGUAUCCACCAACAGGGCGGGUAUACAGCGAAUUUACACCCAGAAAAACUUGUUGGAGUACUGCUAAACUUUUUUGGUAGUAAGACACAUCGUCCUGUUGGGGGCAUGCCACCACCUGCACCACAUUCAACCAAAGGAAACCUACAGGGAAAUGAGUAUCAACAUCAACAGCAGGAAGCUACUAAGUUAGCAUAUAGUCAAUCGGUUAAUACAAUGUCAUCAUUGAUGCCACCUGCUUCAGUGGAACCCACACAUGAGUCGGGUGGGAGUGGGAGGAGAAUGGCAGUACAUACUAGAAGUGUAUCAGAGCCAGAUUUCGGUAGGACGCCGAUACAGGAAAUGGCUGACUCCUCGAAAGAAAAGGCAGUUGAUGGGGUGACAAAGUUGAAAUCAUCUGGGUCAGUGGCAGGUUCGCGGUUUAGUCGCUUUGGUUUUGGCAUUUUUAAGGACACUGUAGGAAGGGUCUUAGCUCGGUCAUCCAAAGAGGCAAAAUUGGGCGCAGAAAAUCAGUUCUACUAUGACGACAAACUAAAGAGAUGGGUGGAAAGAGGUGUGGAACCCCCAGCUGAGGAAGCUGCACUGCCUCCUCCUCCAACAAUAGGCGCAUUCCAAAACAACUCAUUGGGUUAUGAAAACAAAUCUGAUAUGAUUCCAUCUAAUGGGAACUGGAGUUCUGGUGGCCCAACUCCGUCAGAGAAUUCUUCAGGAAUCCCACCAAUCUCACACGGUUCGAAUCAAUUCUCAGCUCGUGGGCGUACGGGUGUGAGGGCAAGAUACGUUGACACCUAUAAUCCUCCAGGCCGUGGAAACUCUCAUACCAUGAUUCCGUCACCUUCCGUACAAACUGCAAAACCACCAAUCCCCGCAAAAGCAAAGUUCUUUGUUCCCGCAGCACCUGCAUCGUUUUCAAACGACCAGGCAAUGGAACCGGCUGCUGCUGAAACCAGACAGGAGGAGAUUUCAGCAGAUGAAGUAGUAGCCUCUUCAGGGGCUCCACCACCAAUGAUGAUGCAGAGAUAUCCAAGUAUGGAUAACAUCCAAAGAAAUGGAUUGGGGAUAAGCGUCAAUGGGGAUAAUCAUCAGCCUCCUACUUCCAGAAGAACAGCUUCAUGGAGUGGAAACUUUAACACCUCGUUUACGCCUCCUACCAGUCCAUCAACCUUCAAACCAGUCCUACUCAACAGUAGCAGCAGCAGCUUAGGAGAGGAGCUUCAGGAAGUGGAACUCUAAGUGACCAGGAACUGAAAAUUUCACAAAGUUUUUGGUUAUUGUUACAGGUAGGAAAGUUUUCGACACAGAAACCAAUCCAUGGAGCUUGGAUUUACGUAUUCUUCUUGAGUUAUAGUGGCAGGCAACAAUAUAUAAUUGCAGUUUGUAUAGAUGAUUCUUUACUUCAUUUGGGUUUUGAGAAUGGAACCAAAAGUUGGUCUUCGAGAGAGUUGCAAAACUGUACCUUUCGCUAAAUAUAAAAUAAGGUCAAAUCUGACCAAUUUUCAUGUAUUGUGUUUUUCUUAUUCAUUAAUUUUUUCUAUGUCAACACAACAGAGAAGUCGGAAGUUGCACAAUGUUACACACUUACACAUCUUGUAUUUACUCUCUGGUAAGCCAAUUUUUUUCAGUAUGAAACUAGUUGAAUUUUCCA